GGGCAGUUGGGCCCGCAGAAGUCGGUUGGGGAGCUGUCACCACGGGCGCUAGCGCAAGCGCUUAAGGGCCCGGGGUGGGCGCGGCCGACCCAUCCCAGACCCGGCCGUGACCCCACACCUAGCGCGCCCACACGCGGCCCCCUCGGCCCGGCCGCGAACCAAGUCGCCUGCCUGUCCGCCCGCUCACUCCCCUCGUCUUCUCUCCCGCCGGCCGCGGAGACCCCGCUGGGGUUGAGGCUUCGGGAGACGGGUGGCCAGGGCCGGCCGCGACCUCCUAGCCAUGUCCUCGGUCCGUGACGCCAGCAGCCACUUUCCCCUGCACCUCUUGGUCUGGAACAACGACUACCGACAGCUUGAGAAGGUGCUGCGCGGCCAGGGUCUUGCUAUGUAGCCCAGACUGGCCUUGAACUUGCAGUGAUCCUGAUCUUCCUGCUUCAGCCUCCCAAGUGCUGGGAUUACAGAAUGUGGAGGCUCUGGAUCCACGAGGCAGAACAUUACUGCACCUUGCAGUGUCUUUGGGACAUUUAGAAUCUGCACGAGUCUUGCUCCGACAUAAAGCAGAUGUGACUAAAGAAAACCGCCAGGGAUGGACAGUUUUACAUGAGGCUGUGAGCACUGGGGAUCCCGAAAUGGUGUACACAGUUCUGCAACACCGAGACUACCACAACACGUCUAUGGCCCUCGAGGGGGUUCCUGAGCUGCUACAUAAAAUUCUUGAGGCUCCAGACUUCUAUGUGCAGAUGAAAUGGGAGUUCACCAGCUGGGUGCCCUUGGUUUCCAGAAUAUGCCCAAAUGAUGUCUGUCGAAUUUGGAAAAGUGGCGCCAAACUGCGUGUUGAUAUCACAUUGCUGGGAUUUGAAAAUAUGAGCUGGAUAAGAGGGAGGCGUAGUUUUAUAUUUAAAGGAGAAGACAAUUGGGCAGAGUUGAUGGAAGUCAACCACGAUGAUAAAGUGGUCACUACGGAACAUUUUGAUCUUUCCCAAGAAAUGGAGCGCCUCACACUGGACUUGAUGAAGCCAAAGAGCAGGGAAGUUGAGAGGCGGCUCACAAACCCAGUCAUUAACACCAGCCUUGAUACUAAAAAUAUUGCUUUUGAAAGAACUAAAUCCGGAUUCUGGGGCUGGAGGACAGAUAAAGCAGAAGUUGUUAAUGGUUACGAAGCAAAGCAUUCUUGCUCGUGCUGUGCUUACUUUUUGAGUUUUGAUUCCCUGUGUCACUGUUUUCUUUUGCACACAUCUCUCAAGGUUUACACAGUAAACAAUGUGAGUGUGAUAACCAAAAUACGCACAGAGCAUCUUACUGAGGAGGAAAAAAAGAGAUACAAAGCGGACAGGAACCCACUGGAAUCUCUGCUGGGAACUGUGGAACAUCAGUUUGGUGCUCAAGGGCAGGACCUCACCACGGAGUUUGCUACCGCAAACAACCCGACAGCCAUCACGCCUGAUGAGUACUUCGAUGAAGACUUUGAUCUGAAAGACAGAGACAUCGGGAGGCCAAAAGAGCUGACAAUUAGAACACAAAAGUUUAAAGCAACGCUGUGGAUGUGUGAAGAGUUUCCCCUCUCCCUUGUGGAGCAGGUCAUUCCCAUAAUUGACCUCAUGGCUCGAACUAGUGCUCAUUUUGCAAGACUGAGAGAUUUCAUCAAACUGGAAUUCCCACCUGGAUUUCCUGUCAAAAUAGAAAUUCCCUUAUUUCAUGUCUUAAAUGCACGGAUUACAUUUGGAAAUGUUAAUGGCUGCAGUACUGCUGAAGAAACUGUAUCUCAGAACGUGGAAGGGACCCAGGCUGAUUCAGCUUCCCAGCUCACAAACUUUGAGGUUGAUCAAUCUGUGUUUGAAAUUCCUGAGUCUUACCAUAUUCAAGACAAUGGAAGAAAUGUGCAUUUGCAAGAUGAAGAUUAUGAGAUAAUGCAGUUUGCCAUCCAGCAGAGCCUGUUGGAGUCCAGCAGGAACCAAGAACUUUCAGGACCAGCUUCGAAUGGAGGGAUCAGCCCAACGCACAGCUAUGAAGCCCAGUAUGAGAGGGCAAUCCAGGAGAGCCUCCUCACCAGCACCGAAGGUCUGUGCCCGGGUACCCUGAGUGAGACAGGCCGUUUUGACAGUGAUUUGCAGCUGGCCAUUGAGCUCUCUGCCAAAGAGCUGGAAGAGCGGGAGCUCCGGCUGCAGGAGGAGGAGGCUGAGCUCCGGCAAGUCUUACAGCUGUCACUCACUGAGAAGUAGACUUUUCUGCCCACAGGCUGCACAAAGCAGAGGCCCUGGGCUGCACACGAGUGCUAUGUCAACUGAAGCCCUGGAACUGAGGGCCUACCCUUGGUGCCGCCGGCAGCUGCCCCUUCUUUCCACAGAGGUGCAAGACCAGGGACUCCCAGGCCCAUCCAGAUGCUCCCGAGAAUGGAGAAGAGGGGCCUGGCAGGUCCCAUCUCCAGGCUCAGGGGAGGAGAGCAUCAUCCAUAGCUGUAUAGGCUUGCAGGUCACAUUUUUAUUACCAGCUUUAGACGAAAACCCCAAUGCCCGCAGGUUUAUAGGUACAUUUUUAUCAAGGAGAUACAAGACAAGUUAUUGCAGAGUCAGGGUGCUUUUAUAUACAAGAGCAGCAGCAGCAGCAGCAGCCUUUGUAGAAUGGUUUAGAAUUUAAGACCUUGUACUGUUCACCAAAGAAAUGGUUGUGCCGAUCUACUCUUUAUUUUUACCUUUAUAUAGGGUUUCUAGAACAUUGUCAUUAUUCCUCCUCCACCGCCACCUUAUUCCACCUUAUUCCAUUCCUCCCCUCCCCAGCUGCAGUUAAAGAGGAGAUAUAUACAGGAUCUAUUUUAGAUUGUGGUUAACUAUUUGCAUCAAAUUAAGAUAUACAGAUGACCACGGAUGUUGCCUUAGCCUUAAAAAAAUUAUUAAUCGUUUUAAACCACCUCACUAUAUAUUGAGAGUCCCAAUUUGAAUCUGUAGAGGCAGUUCCUCUGAGAGCAGGAUCCUCCAGGCUGAACGUAAGGCAGCUAGUUCUGUCCCCAAAGGAAUAGCCAGGGGAACCCAUGGCUUGUUCUUCAAGUGGGCAAGCUGGCUGUGACACUGAACCAAACCAAACCUGUGUUCAGCACCUGCUCCGGUGAAGGAUCUCUGUGAAGGAGCCCAGGAAGACCUGGCUGCGUGUUCCGGUUUCACAUGAGAGAAAGGGGUGGAUUUGCAAUUAGAAAGGGAACUAACAUGGAGCUCAGUGGCACUUCAUUCAAAAGGGAAAAAGAUAGUCCAUGUUGCUUUUUAGAGUUCAAAUCAACAUCUUUCUGGAUAAAUAUAUUUUUUAACAGAAUCUUUUUAUUAUUUUUAAAAGAUAAAAGUAACUAUUCCCAUCAGUAGCAAUACGAGGUUAUACAUUUUAACCAGAUUUUCUCAGGCCUUUUUUGGAUACCUUUAGUAGUUGACUAUUUUGUCUAACCCUCCUGUAAAUACUUAGUACAUAACCGACCCCUGGGAACACAGCGAGGGUACCUCGUACUCAUUCCCAUAGGCUGCACUGAAAUAACCUGGUAAAUGAUCUCCUCUGUUUCACACCUGUUUCCUGUUAACACUUCUUUUGGGAUAGGGAGAGAAACAUAAACUACUGUCCCAGUUAAUGUCUGUAUCAUACAGUUAGUGUUACCAGUAAACAUUCUUAGACACAAAGAACUGUGCUUUUAAUUCCACAUAGCCAUCUGCCUUUUUUUUUUUGUCAUGGUCUGACCAAAAUUCUUCUGUAUACAAGCGGCCAGUAUAGGCAAAAACCACAUUUUUAUAUGCAGCUUGGCGUUUUGUUUACUUGGCAUUUACUAUGAGUGAGGUCCCUUGGGAAUGGCUGCAGGUAGGCCACAAUGUUUACUCACUAAGGUAAAUCAUAGGGAACUUCUGUGUUUGCAUUCCAUUGUUCUGCUUCCUGAGGCCUGUGACUUCGUCCCAGGAAGUUACUCAAAAAGGGACUGACCAUCAUGUCAACCUGUCACAGCAUUUUUCAUCUGUUCUCUCUUAAAAUGCAAAUAAAGACUGCUUCCCUAGAGGGUGCUCUAUAUACCGUA